GUUCCACCACUACCAGAGAAACCUGGCAAAGUCCGCCAUGGAUUGAUUCCUGAAGAACUUUUCCAGUUCCUGUAUCCCAAAACUGGCGUUACAGGUCCUUACAUGCUGGGUACUGGACUACUAUUGUACAUGCUUUCGAAGGAAAUCUAUGUUGUGAACCAUGAAACUAUUGCUGGUGCUUCCACUCUUAUUGUACUAAUUUACGCUAUUCGAAAAUUUGGGCCACAAGUUGGAGCUUUUGCAGACAAACUGAACGAGGAGAAAGUUGCUAAAGCUCAAGAGGUGAAAGAUACUGCAAUCAAUUCCCUUAAGCAGGCUAUUGCUGAUGAGAACAAAGAACAGUGGCGUGUUGAGGGGCGCAAUUACCUGUUUGAUGCCAAGAGGAGUAAUGUUGUCAUGCUACUGGAGACCAAUUACCGGGAGAGGCUCCUUCACGUCUACGAAGAGGUGAAGAAGCGCUUAGACUAUCAGGUCAACCUGCAACAUGUGAUAUUCCGCCGGGAACAAGAACACAUGGUGAACUGGGUGGAGAAGAAUGUUAUCCAGAGCCUUACUGCACAACAGGAGAAGGAGAGCAUCGCAAAGUGCAUCGCUGAUUUGAAGGUGUUAUCCAAGGCCACACACGCCAGC